AUGCAGGGGUGUCUAGAUGCCUUAGAUGGAACGUAUAUCAACGUACGAGUUCCUAUUGCUGACGCACCUCGAUAUCGAAACAUAAAAGGCCACAUCACCACAAACACACUAGCCGUAUGUGACCCACAUCUUCGCUUUGUUUACGUUCUGCCUGGAUGGGAGGGAUCUGCAGGUGAUUCAAGGAUUUUACGUGAUGCAAUAAGUAGACCAUUAGAACUCAAAGUGCCAAAAGAAUGUUACUAUCUUUGUGACAAUGCAAAUGCGAACGCCGAAGGAUUUGUGACGCCGUAUAAAGGAGUCCGUUAUCAUCUGAAGGAAUUGGGUUUUGGCACGCAUGCACCUCAAACGCCCGAUGAGCUGUUUAACUUGAGACACACCAAGGCUAGAAAUAAAAUCAAGCAAUCGUUUGCCGUGUUGAAGAUGCGAUUGGGUAUACUCCGAUCUGCAAGUUUCUACCCGAUAGAGGUUCAAACAGGCUUGAUUAUCACAUAUUUCCUACUUCACAAUUUCAUUUGUGGUCAAAUGGAGGUUGAUCCGAUCGAGGCAGAGUUGGACAACCAAGACGACGAUGAGACUGAAAUGGAGCACGAGCAACCGGUUGGUGAUCAUAUUAAUAGUAUGGAACCUUCAGCAUCGUGGAAUAAGAAAAUGGAUGACCUUGCGAGAGCUAUGUGGGUUGAGAGAAAUAAUAUGUAA